AUGAGAUCGCUGCUUAGUAAUACUGGCCCUUAUGAGGACACUGCUCAUAGUUUUCGGUCGGCAUUUGAGCUGUUUGCCGGUUUUGCAUUAGGUAAGACCUUCACCUGGUCAUAUGAAGGCUCGACGUCGCUCAUCACGGGUAAGCUGUCGGUGGAGGGCAUACACUAA